AAGCUGUAGAGGUGUACGACACUUUUUGGUCCGGCGAAGUCGUUCACUGAGGCAAGCUUGUUGACGUGCUCUCACCGCACACGACUCCAGUCCGCAAAGCAUUGUGCAAUUCUACAGCCACGAGCGAUGGAGAGAGAAGAAUCUCAAUAUCGGCUAACGAGCAAGAGGAAAGCGCAUCGGCGUUCACACCGUUUAAGGUUUUAGGCUAAUAAUGAGGGCGUGCAGAGACAGCGUCAUACCAAGGAGGGGAAAUGUGAAAGUGAGACUGCCGUGGACGAUCUUCUCUCAUCAAUUGAAUGGAAAUCCGAAUAUAUAAAGGCUUUGCCGGGACUUGAUGGGGAUGCCGAAUUCUUGUUGUAUCCUCGCUGUGUUCAAAGGAUAUACAAAAUGGUUAACAUUACUAGAGUGAACUUGCUGAGUUUGGCUGCGAGUAUACCGUAUGCUACGGAGUUGCAGGCUGUGGUCAAUGGCUCGGUUGAUCAUUUGUCUUUUAUCUCUUAUAACGAAUCUUUCGUUACUGAUAUUCUGGGACCCAAUGUCUCACAACAACUAGUCGGAAACUACCAGGACUUUCAACCAUUUCACGAAGCCGGUGUCUACAAUAUUCAGACUGGCAAACUCUAUGCCACAAGCAACUGGCAAGGCAGUCUCGACAAUCCCAUCAACGUGACCGCCAUCGAUAUCCACGGCAACAACAGCAUCCAGUCCCUCCACUUCGACAAACUAGCCGAAGCAAACGGCGGCUCUACCUUCUACCCAGUGGGCACUCCCUUCAACAGCAGUGAAGGCCAACAAAUCGUCUUCUGCGAUGAGGGUGAUUUCAUCAAUCCUGCUCAGUUGGUCCUGGUAGAUCCCUCUACAAACCAGACCAGAGUCCUCAUCAACAACUUCCUCGGCCGCAACUUCACAUCCAUCAACGAUGUCAAGCAACACCCCAUCACCGGCGAUCUCUGGUUCACCGAUGUCCCGUACGGAUACUGGCAAUACUUCCGCCCUGCUCCCGUCAUCAAGAACCAAGCUUAUCGUUUCGAACCCAACACUGGUGUCGUCCAAGCAGUUGCCGACGACGCCAUUGCUCCCAAUGGUAUUGAAAUCUCUCCUGAUUUCAAGCAUGUGUACAUCACCGAUACCGCUGUUCACACAUUCCCCAACAAGGAUAACUUGACCAUGCCCUCUACCAUCUAUCGUUAUGAUAUCACACCUGAUGGCAAGAGGUUGCAGAACAAGCAGCUUUUUGCUUAUUCGGAUAUUGGAUUACCUGAUGGCAUUCAUUGUGAUACUGAGGGUAAUGUUUACGCUGGUUGUGGAGAUGGUGUGCAUGUAUGGAACCCCGAAGGUGUCUUGCUUGGUGUUUUCGCAGUCGAUGGUGGUGCCGCGAACUUUGCCUUUGUGCCUGGUGGCAUGUAUGUGUUCAAUGAGCACAGAUUGUUCAAGGUCACUUUGCAGGCUGAGGGUCGUGAGGUCAAGAGAGACUUUGGGCUCUACUGAGCAUGGAUGCGAAAAUUAGCUGAUGAAUAAUCCAUUGACAUAUUUUGAAGCAAACCAAAUUGCGCGAAAUUCACACCGAAGCUUGAUGCCGUCCUCGAUCCAGCUAUGUACAGGAUCUUUCCUGAGCAUGCUUGG